UAUGUACAGGUUUCAAAAUUUAUUAUCAAAAAAUAGUAAUCAAUAAUUCUGUUAUUGAUGCCGCAUUUUUCAAAACACUACUUAUGAAACAGGUAUGUCGGUACCAGAUUCGAUGAAGUAAAUAAACAUAUACAAAAUCUGUCGAUAAAAAAAGAGCAUUGGUUACGAAAUACAUGGAAAAAACCUACAAUAACUGUUCAUCAAUAUACUUUGGGUACUAAUAAUCACAAGCGAGCGUUGUGGAGUUUAAUGUAAAUCAAUAAACGCAUGGAUAUUUGUGUAAAAUUUUACCUUAAUAGUCUAACAAAGGAAAAAAUAAUAAUUUACGAAAACUACAUUUCUUAUAAGUUUUCAUCAUUUCUAAGUUUUAAAAAAUUUAAAAUAAUGAAGAACUGAUUUUUGAUAGGCAUCUCCAUUUGGAACUAUGUCGCAUUGCACGUGAAUGGAAUCUGAUAUUUGGAACGCAGAUAACUUUUGAAAUGAUGUCCUAUCCAUUUACUGUAACAACAAUAUGCUACUUCUUAUAUAAAGGAUUAAGGUUAGGCCGAGAAGGUAUACCAGUGUACAUGCGGUUUUCAGCAACCUUCUGGUUGCUUAUAUGCAUAGGAAAAGUUUAUAUUCUAAAUUACAUCUGUGAAAAUAUCUGUGCUAAGGCUAAUAAAAUUGACAAAACAGUUAAUGAAUUGACAAAUAUUCUUCGAUAUGCUGAUACUUGGAAAGAGGUAAAAAAUAUUUUAACAGCAAGACGUAAGUAAAAUAAAUUAUGUUACAUGUCCAUUUGUGUACAGAUUUACCAGUUCACUUUACAUACAAUGCAGUAUCCUUUGAUGUUUACUGGAACGGGUUUUUUUGACUUAGGCAACAAAUUCAUUAUAAAGGUUACCUUUUUCAUAUAUUUUUACUACUAUUUUAUUUUUGUACACUAUAUU